AAUAGACCCAGACUUCUGUGUUAGCAGCCUGUGUUGGCCACCUUAAAGAUAAUCAGCGAAUUCCACCUGAAAGUAUUGAGGACAUUGCCUACAAAAGGUAUACUAUCCCAGCAUGGGCAUGAGCAGCCUGAAAUUGCUGAAAUAUGUCCUAUUUAUCUUUAACUUGCUCUUUGGGUAAGUCUGUGGCUGUUGCAUUUUGGGCUUUGGUAUCUACCUCUUGGUCCAAAACACCUAUGGAGUGCUCUUCCGUAACCUGCCCUUCCUGACACUGGGAAAUGUCCUCGUCAUCGUGGGCUCCAUUAUCAUGGUAGUUGCCUUCUUGGGCUGCAUGGGCUCAAUCAAGGAAAACAAGUGCCUGCUUAUGUCGUUCUUUGUUCUGCUGAUGAUUAUUCUCCUUGCUGAGGUGACCUUAGCCAUCCUGCUCUUUGUGUAUGAACAAAAGCUGAACAAGUAUGUGGCUGAGGGCCUGAAUGACAGCAUUCAACAUUAUCACUCAGACAACAACACCAUGGCAGCAUGGGACUUCAUCCAGUCACAUUUGCAGUGUUGUGGUGUAAACGGUUCAAGUGAUUGGACUAGUGGUCCACCAUCUUCCUGCCCACCAGGUGCAGAUGUUCAGGGUUGCUAUAAUAAAGCAAAAUCGUGGUUUCACUCCAAUUUCUUGUAUAUUGGAAUCAUUACCAUCUGUGUAUGUGUGAUACAGGUAAGAGAUUAACCCCAGAACCCCUGUGCUGGGAUGGCCUUUGCACUGACACUGAACUGCCAGAUUGACAAAACCAGUCAGGCAUUAGGACUGUGACUUGCAACUGCCCUGAGCUUAAAAGACUUAUUUCUCUCUGGAAAUCCAAAACACCUAUAGUACGAGACCCCAAACAAUCACCUGCCUGCCUGGCAUUUUGGUUUUCUCUUAUCUCUUCCUUGAUUGGGUCCCUGUCUUAUAAAUCCAAGGAAGAGAAUAUUUGUCAUGAACUCUCCAUCUCAAGGAGAAGACAAUCAUUCACCAACUGAUGGCAGUAGCCAUAUCCCUUAAAGAUGGUGAAACAUACCUGGGUGAAUUUUUUGGACAUUAGAGGCCAAGAAUAUCUGUUUUUUUUUUUUUUUUUUUUUUUUUUUUUGGUUUUUUGAGAC